AUGAUAGUGCCUGAUGUAGAUACUGCUGAAAUGACUAAUCAGGGAAAGUUUGACGAGAAGGGGGUGGAUGACACCCUUGGUGACUCGGAAAUAAUAAGCCCAUCCUCCCGGGUGUCUGAUAGUGAUGAUGAGGAUCACUUCUUCAUCGACCACGAUCAGGUCAACAAAAACGAUGUCCACGGAAGCAAUAGCGCAGUGGUUAUUGAACUUGAUCCGUUACAUCAACCAUUAAAUGGAAGGCGCUGUCGAGCCGAGACUCAUGAAGAUGUCGGCAAUGAUACCGAUAACGAACACAACCGAGGCAAUAAUGGUGGCGUAGAUCAUUCUGAAGAUCAGCCAAAGAAAAAUGGAACCAGAAUUUUCUUGGCUGUAAAAGCUACUCAUUUCCUCUUUGGUGGUGGUAAGAUCUCACCGUCAGGUGAGCUUGAUGCCCUUCCUUCCGGUCUAUAUGUCAUAUCUCGGCCUUUCUGUGAUAGAGAUUGUACUGGCAUAAAUUCACAUCAUACCGAACUAAACGCGACCAUCUCAACAUCGAACACAGGACAGUUAUUUGGUAUCUUCUAUCGUCAGCAUCUUAAUAUGACAACCGGGAUUCCUACUUGUAAAUCCCAGAACGCAACGUACUCGGAAUUCAAGGAGUUUGUGGAUGAAAAUGCUUGCAAGUCCUCAAAUAUCAAGAUUCUAAAUAUAUCGACUGCUGCAGCGUUUCUGGAGGAUAUCCUUGAAUGUUCAUUCACUGGUCUUGCAACAGAUACAGAUUCUGAUCGCGAGAAUAGGGGAGAUGAGAACGUGGAUGUUGGUGCUCCAGACGAUACAUGUAUGUUUUGUGAUGACUUGUCAAAGGCAUGUGAAUACCAAUAUCGUAGACAUGUAAUAGAGUGCGAUAAAUAUCUAUUAGUAAAUUGCAACAAUUCAUUCGGCAAGGCACUUCUGGUGAUAAUAAACGGGACGACUCAAUUGCUAGAUCAAGACAACUAUGAAAUAAUCUCCCAAGAGGGAAAUUAUAACAUUUUUGUGAUUAUGUUUCUGAUAUGCGUCAUUGGUAGAAUGUUUCAAGGUUCAGCUGAAACUCUUAUUGAUACGUUUACGAUUACACUCAUAGACGAAUAUAAAGAAACAGGACAAAAUUUUCAGUACGGGCGCCAACGAAUGUUUGCAAGUAUAGCAUAUGGCGCUCUUGCACCUCUCUCAGGUAUCGCUGUCUCCGCAUAUACUGCUGCCCAUCCAAACGCAUUCAACGUCUAUCUUCCUGCAUUUGUUCUCUUUGUAACCCUAUUUGCACUCUGUACAGGAUCUGUUUCUUUUAUCCCAAUCCGCGUUAAGCAACGGACCACGAAAUCUUUGGCCAGGGACGCGAAAGAUGUCCUUUUGAAACCAAAGGUGAUCGUUUUCUUUACCGUCAUGCUGUCAAUGGGAAUCAUGUUUGCGUUCUUCGAGACAUAUUUAUUUUUGUUUCUAGCAGAAAUAGAUGGAGAGGCAACUGUUAUGGGUUUGUGCUUGACAGUUUCUUGCUCAUCAGAGGUGGUCUUAAUGAUGUAUGCAUCAAAGAUCAGAGAAAAGAUUGGUCACCGAACUGUCCUUGGAAUUGCUCUCAUCGGCUUCUCAUUAAGGUCUGUCGGCUACUCCCUCCUGCAGAAUCCUUGGACCGUCCUACCAAUUGAACUUCUUCAUGGGAUUACCCAUGGGUCAAUGUGGCCGAAUGCAGUCUUCUUUAUCCAUCAAAGCUCCCCUCCCGAACUGGCGGCCACCAUGCAGUCACUCACGUUCAGCACCUUCUUCGGUUUAGGAAAGGGAGUCGGAAUCAUUCUUGGCGGAGUCAUCUACGACAACUUUGGAGCCAGGAAUCUGUUUAGGGGAUCUGCCAUUUUUUCUUUCGUGACACUCGUCUUGUAUUACAUCAUCGACAUCAUCCUUGACAAACGAGAAAGAUCCCAUGACAAGCUGUGAAUAUUAACCUGACUUUUUAAAGGGACAAAGAGUUAGGAGUCAAGGGCCAAUUUGUUAUAUUCAAAAUGUUUAUCUGACAUUCAAUCGUGGCUUGUUGAUAAUGGAUUGAAAUUAAAUUCUUGUAAAACAGAGUUCUUUGUUGAUGCAUCUCCUGCACACCUUAAUCGGUUCCUUGACCUUUCUUUUUCUUGUAAUGACACAGAUAUUCCAUUAUCUUCAACCAUUAAGGAUUUAGGAGUUGUUUUUGAUAGUGAAAUGAAAAUGACCGUACAUGUAACAUACUUGUGUCGCACUCUCAACUGGCAAAUCUAUAAUCUCAAUCGCAUUAAAAGUUUCCUGGAUAAGGACACGUGUCAUAAUCGUUUAGGGCUCUUGUGCUCUCCAGGCUCAACUAUGUUGGCUGCUUGCUUGGCAUGCUUGGGGGUAUUAGUAAACAAGAUCUUUUAGAAGACUUCAACGCCUUCAGAACAAAUGUGCACGAUUAAUAUGUCAAAAACCGAAAUGGUGUCAUGCUACCCCUCUUCUAAAUGGGCUAAAUUGGCUACCUGUUUCUGAUAGAAUACGUUAUCGAAUACUUGUUCAUACCUAUAAUUCUCUGUCAACCACACUACCUUCUUACAUUUCUUCAUUAUUUCACCAACAAAGGUCUACAUACUCCUUCCUAUGUAAUUCCAAAGUCCACUAAACAGGCUGGUUUCAACUCCUUUCAAUCUCUUGCCCCCCGUCUUUGGAAAAAAUUCCCUCCAUCUCUUCGAAACCUCUCUUCUC